AUGAGCACGUCUGUAUCUACUUCGACUCGCGAUCCCAGCCGCAUCUUGGCCAAAGAGAUAAUCUCUUCAGACCCUGUCUAUCUGGCGUCGUGCCUGCCUUCAAAUAAGAAUGGCGCCGGGCUAGCUCGCGAUGUCUCAGGCACCUCCACUUCCUCGGCUGACGGAUCCAAACCUCUACCACCACGGUCAAUGUCGACCCCUAGCCAGAAAAAGCCCAAGUCAACUGCUUCUGAUGAAGCCACACCGAUCAUUUGUGAAGAUGACAGAACAAGACGCAAUUACCAGUCUACCGAAGGGAUGAGAGAUCGUCGAUCUGGAGCGGACAAUGAGCCGCCAAAAGAUCAAGAACAACGGACUACAGGUGCUGAGAACCGUGCCUCGCAUUCCGAAUCAACUGCGGGCCAUGUGAAUUCCUGGUAUAACCGCAUGGUGGAUAAAUUUGGCAGCUUGGAGUUAGAAAACAAAGGCAGUGUCGCUCGCGACCAUCUUGCAUUAGAACGAACAUUUUUGGCCUGGCUGAGAACUUCACUGGCUUUUGCAUCUAUUGGAAUUGCAGUGACUCAACUGUUCCGUCUGAGCAGUCCCGUAAACAGUACGCCCAGUGCCGACUCCACUGCCACCCUCCCGCCACUGCUAUUCCCAGCAUUGUACGAUGUCAAUGGUAUGGGCUAUCUGUCGGAUCCGAGACGACUUCGCAGUAUUGGCAAACCUCUCGGCGCAACGUUCAUUGGAAUCGCCAUCCUUAUACUCUUCAUCGGAUUCCAUCGGUACUUCGAAGGACAAUAUUGGAUCAUCAGGGGUAAAUUUCCUGCCAGUCGCGGCAGCGUCGCCUUGAUCGCUUUUUUGGCGGCUGCUUUGAUUAUCACCGCCUUGGUUGUCAUUCUGGCCGUUUCUCCUGGCGCAUCUGAGACUUGAGCGUCAGGUUGUGGAUAGUUUUCCCCCCUCAUAUAUUGCAUUUUUAUAGCACUAGGAGUUGUUGGCGUGUUAUGUGCAGUAUUACCAGCGUUGUACCGAAAACGUUUUUUUUAACAUUCACCUGGGGAAUCAAUCCCGUGUUAUAUUUGAAGAAGUUCUGUACAGAAUUUUAAUGAAGCUAGGAUGAUGAUAUGCAGUCUUCAUGGCCUUGUCUUUGAUUUGAUACAAGCUGACUCCCUACAGUUGAGGUCUCUGUAUAUAUUAUUACUCCAUGUGAUAGUAGUCUUUUUACCCUGAUACUGUAAACUAACAAGUGUUCCAAAAAUGUUCGAACUUC